CCAUUUCGCAUCGCUUCCACUGUCAUCAUGUUGGGGAAGAGGUUCUUCUCGACCGUUCGGGUGCUGCAGCAUGAUAACCCUUUGGGCCUCCCACGCUCGGGCACUCCGCCCUCCCUCCGCAGCCGCCGGGGGCUGCCCGAGAAGCGCAAGAUCCGGGAUGUGAAGAAGGUGAUUGCCAUUUCGUCCGCGAAGGGGGGCGUAGGGAAGUCUACGAUCGCCGUGAACCUCGCGCUCGCGUUCGCGCGGCGCGGCAUCCGCACCGGAAUCCUGGAUACCGAUAUCUUCGGGCCUUCAAUCCCGACGCUGUUGAAUCUGAGCGGGGAGCCCAGGCUGGAUGAGAAUAACUGCCUCCUCCCGCUAACGAACUACGGCCUCAAAUCCAUGUCGAUGGGCUACCUCCUCCCCCAAACACAACAAGCCCCGUCGUCGACAACAGACCCCGUCCCGAUGGACAGCACCCCAAUCUCCUGGCGAGGCCUGAUGGUCACGAAGGCGAUGCACCAGCUGCUGCACAGCGUCUCGUGGGGCCCGCUGGACGUGCUCUUCCUGGACCUGCCGCCGGGCACGGGCGACGUGCAGCUGACCAUCAACCAGGAGGUCGUGCUGGACGGGGCGGUGAUCGUGACGACGCCGCAGGACAUCGCGCUGCGCGACGCCGUCCGCGGCAUCGGCAUGUUCCAGCGCAUGGACGUGCCCGUGCUGGGCAUGGUGCGCAACAUGGCCUACUUCCGCUGCCCGAGCUGCGGCACCAGCACCGAGAUCUUCGGGCACGGCCACGACCACCUGCGCGGCCGGGAGGACGAGUGGGGGGUGCGGGCGGAGUGUCGCCGCCUGGGCGUCGAGUUCCUCGGCGACGUGCCCCUCGACGGGACCGUGUGCAAGGAUGCGGAUCGCGGGGUGCCGACUGUCGUCGCGGAGGAGGGGAACCCCGACAGUGGGCGGCGGGCGGCGUUCUUGGGGAUCGCGGAGGAGGUGGCGCGGAAGGCUGGGGUGCAGUGGUGAGGGAUUUCACUUUUUUCCAGGCCAGGUAAAGCGAAGGAGGAAAAGGGGGGUUGUUGUAUUAUAUGGUCUCUUUUGGUUCAAGUGUGUAUAUAUACCCUGGC